AUGGCUCAAGGUGGAAUAAUAGUGCCGGAGGAAAUUGGAACAAUAGAUUCAAUUCACAAAACAAGCAAGGAAGUAGUAGUCAAGGUGGUAUACAAAGGAAAAGCUAGGUGUGGAAAAUGCAAUUGGUUUGGUCAUACUACAAAGGACUAUGAUAGUCAUAGUCACAAACAAGUAGCCAAUUGUGCAAAGGAAGAAGUAACCACGUGA